AUGAACAAGUUCCUAUGGGCUAUUCUCAACAAAGCUAUCUCUCUAGGAGCAAACUUACAGAGGAGAGGACUAGCAACAGGAAUGAACUGCACAAGAUGCCAAGAACAAGAGACGGAAAUGCAUUGCUUCUUUACCUGCCACUUUGCGAUGGAAGUCUGGAAACUUAUCCCUCUUCAUAGAACAGUUCACCUAGCUGUAGGCGCCACUUUCAAGGACGCAAUAGUCAGCUUCAGGAAGCACAUUUGUCUACCGCCAUCAGGGAUCUCCCUCAACAUCCUCCCGUGGAUUCUAUGGGAAAUUUGGACCUCAAGAAACGCCUUAAUCUUUGAAGGACGACGCUAUUCACCUGAGGAAACAGCACUGAAGGGAAUCAAAUUAGCAAAAGAAUGGUCAACCUCACAAGCUGAGUUCACAAAGAAAGGAAUCUUACCAUCGGAGAAACAAGUCUGGCACGCCCCCCGCCCCCCAUCUAGCUCCGACAACACCAAGACGACUUGUAAGACAGACGCGGCGUGGAGUAAGGAGAAGCUACUCGCAGGGUUGGGAUGGAUCUUCUCGGGGUCAACUCUCAGAACUCCGAUCACAGGUUCGGCGGUGGAGGCUUCAGUCAAGUCUCCUCUAGUAGCUGAAGCGGUGGCGAUCAGAGCAGCUCUUUGCAUGGCCACCAACUUGGAAAUCACUUCAAUCGAGGUGCUCUCCGACAACCAAACGCUCGUUCGAGCUAUCUCAGGCAUCACUCAGGCUAAGGAGAUCAUCGGUAUUGUGAAAGACAUCCGAUCGAUUGCCUCUGAGUUUGCAUCUUCUUCGUUUUCCUUCAUCCCUCGAUCUCAGAACUCAACCGCUGAUGCUUUAGCGAAAGAGGCUUUACGUUUUUCUUCCGUUUAUCUUCUGUAA